UUCGAGCGCGAGAGAAACGAAACGUGACUAGGCACCCAAAGCGUCCUGUUAUGCAACGGCUGACCUACUAACAUACAUUUGGAGACUGAGCGCGAGAGGGAGGAAAUUGGAGCAACUCACCAACAUAACACAGGGAGCCACUGCAAAAUAAGCUACAGUACACGCUACUAGACGCCGCACUUGGCCACCGACGACUUUUUGUGAAGAGCGCCGAUCGCUUUGCAAUUCUGAUCUUAUACCUUACACACACAUUCACAGGAGGGAAUUCAUACAGAGAGCGCUACGACGAAUACCGGAUCUUGUUUUGCCUUUGACGACAAAAAAGGAUCUUUUCAUCGAAAGAAAGAGAGAGAGAGAGAAGCUUCACCCGUCCCAAAGAGACACCCAGGCUGAGGUAGACUGAGUGACCUACAUCUUGCUGCGCGCUUUGGGGCAUCUGAGCACCUCUCAGUGUGUCUCCUCUUCACGGCGGCUCCUGCUUACCAAAUAAAAGAGAGAGAAAAGAGGGUCAGCACUGAGACGUCCUGCUGUGCUCAUAACAUUCUUCAGACUGCAGGAAUCCUCCCCCCGCCCCCUCUUCUUUUUUUGUUGUUGUCCCCCGAAGGUGGCUCUGACCCACUUUGACUGUGAGAAGGCAUUCGACAUUGACGAAUGAAAACUCAAGAUUUAUCCAAUGACUUUCUUUCCCUUACCUGAAAAACAACAACCGCUUGAGUGUUUCAGACACCCAGCGACCUAGGUGGUGUUUGCUGAAACCACCACACACUACUGUGGAACUUCCUUCCUCCACAGUGCAACUACCGUCCUACCCCCAUUGUCCUUUUGACCCCCUUCUUUAACUUCCUUUUUUCCGUGAGUUGGCACAAAGGGACCAUCCAAGCUGGCUCCCACCUGAGCUUUUAAUGGAAAGCCUGAAUCCCCUUGUCAUGACCUCUUCGGUCCCAGAAAUCAAGAGCCUGGACCAACUCGAGACCUACUCCGAAUACAGCGAGUCCGUCGCCUCCCCGCAGCCGGACAGAGAGAACAGCAGUUCCCGCCAAGGAGGAGGCCGCCCGUCCAAGUCCAAGCCCAACAUGACGUGCCGCCGGAAGCGCGAGUUCAUCUCCGAGGAGAAGAAGGACGCCUCCUACUGGGAGAAGCGCCGCAAGAACAACGAGGCGGCCAAGCGCUCGCGCGAGAAGCGCCGCCUGAACGACAUGGUGCUGGAGAACCGCGUCAUCGCGCUCAACGAGGAGAACGUGCGGCUGAAGACCGAGCUGCUGCAGCUCAAGUUGCGCUUCGGCCUCAUCAGCACCUCCUCCUACAUGGAGAAGAGCCAGCAGAUCAGCACCGCCUCCAUGGCCAACAUCAACUGCGCCACCAACUCCUCCUCUUCCUCCUCCUCCACCUCCUCCUCCUCCCACUACUACACCAGCGGCUACUCCAGCGGCUCGCAGGUGAUGAUGAACUCAGACUCCUCGGAGACGGAGCAGAACGGCGCGUUGGACAGACCCCCGCAGCACAUGAAGUACUCCCCUCGGGGCUCGCUCUCCGACAUGUCCGACCGGGACAGCCCCGAGCCCAUGGUCUACAGCAUCAAGCAGGAGGGAGGAGAAGCGAGCAUGGACAUGGACGUGGGCGCCAUCCGCCCCACCGCCUCACCCAACACCAUCAGCAGCAACAGCGCAGCCACCACUCAGCUGAUGUUGAGCCUCCAGCGCGGCCUGAGCGCCAGCCUUGGACACCACGACAUGGAGGCUUCCUACCAGCACCACCAGCAACAGAUGCAGCAACAACAACAACAACAACAACAGCAACAGCAGCAGCAGCAGCUGCAGCGCCAACCAAGCCACCAGCAGGAGUCUGUCAUCAGCUCCCCAAACCACAGAGCGGGCCCCCAGAGGAGCGUCAUCCUCUUCCGCUCCAGCAGCACCUCCUACCCGGUGGAGAGCCAGAAGGCUGCGGAGGCAACCAGCAGCCAGCAGAAGCCGUUGCCGUUGCAGCAGCAGCAGCAGCAUCAGCACCAAGCAUCCCAGCAGCAGCAGCUGGCGCAGCAGCUGGCACAGCAGCUCCAGCUUCCCUCCACCUAUCAGGGGGGCCUGGAGAUGCUGGCGGAGGUCACCAAGCAGAUGGAGCGGAGGACCCUGGACUCGCCCCCGUACGAGUACGCCAACGCCAACGCCAACGCCAACGGUGGCGGCUUCGCGGCCCACCUGCGCGAGAGGCUGGAGAGCGCCAGGGCGGCCGGCGAGGGCAGCGCUCCGGACCUCCUCCUCCGCGCUGCCAAGCGGGAGGAUCGCACGGAGCACCUGCUGUUCCACCAGAGCUACCUGACCUCGUCCCGGGACAACAGGGACGAGGAGCCUCCCGUGCUCACCUACGAGGGCAGUCCCCAGGGGGAGGUGUUCUACAUGAACAGGCAGUCGGCCAAGGACACCUCCUCCAGCGACGGCGAGCCCCGCAGCUCGGACAAAGAGGCCUCGACGGACGACGACGAGUCCUCUCCGCUGUCCACCUGCUCCGAGACCGGCAGCUACCAGCAGAACCUGUCGUCGUCGGCGUCCCCCGUGCCCUUCGCCCCUGGCGCCUCUCCCGCCGGGCAGAGGUGCGGAGGAGACGCCGCCGGGGACGCCAAGGGCACCGCCUUGCCCCACAAGCUGAGGCUGAAGCACCGGGCAGCGUCCACCAGCAGCCCUGGCCAGGAGUCCCCCACCACCCCGCCCAUCCUGUCCAGCCCUUUGCCCCAGCACCCCUACCUGGCGCUGCCCCACACUGGCCAGCAGGAGCUGGGCAGGGACCAGGAAGCGGACCUCCACCACCAACAACACCACCACCACCAGCAGCAACUGUUGGACGUUUGCCAGCCAGCCUCUUCCUCGGUAGGGGGAGUGAGGGCGGACUGUGGUGCUAAAGACACUGGUAGCCGGUCCAACCGCAACAAGAGGCACGAUUAAGACUUACUACAUGGGAGCGCUCUGCGAGCUCUGUCGCUUGCGGAAGCGUUGAACACUUGAGUGGACCUCUCCCCCCCUGCAGCAAUGCUGCGUUCAGGCACUUAUUGACAUCUCUCUCACUUACCCAAAUACCCAUCCAAUGUCCCCCACCCUCACCCCCAAAAUCUCCAUCCCCUCCACCCCCCCUCCCCUCUACCUAGCCCAUCCCCUGGGACCAGAGAUGUGGACAGAAGAAGGUGAUAGCCCAAGCAGGACUCCUUAUCGAUAGACCUACAUGGGUGCACUGUAUGAUAGAUUGUACAGACUUUUUUUCUGACCUCGUCAUUACCUGUUUCAAACAAUACAAGCACUUUUGCAUAAUGGACAUAUUAAGAGAAAGAACAGAAAUCCUAUCAUGCCAUGUCAAGUGACGUCAUUGUGUUUGGGGAACUUUUGCAGUUCUCAAGGCCGUUAUUAUGAACCAACAGUAUGGACACAAGGCUACAUGCCGAAUGGUGACACUGUAUCCCUUGGGGGAAUGCUUGGCUGUAUAUAAUGUGCAUAGGAUUGCUCUUGGAUUGUACACACACACACACACACACACACACACACACACACACACACACACACAAGCAGACAACAGCACCAAACAUACCAUUGUGGGAGGAGGUCCCGAUGACCAAAGAUGCAAUGCUUUAAGUUCCCCCUUUCAAAUCCCCCUCCCUACCUCUUUUAUUACGGUCCUUUGUAUUUACUACUGCAUCAUCCCCCCUAUGACUCUUUGUAUAUUUCUGGUGUUAUAAAUACAAAAUUUAAUAUUGAUAACUUUAUAUUUUCAAGAAACAAAAAGAAAAGGUUACAUAAAAAAGAGAGAUGUGGAAAUCAAUGUGAGAAAGGAUUCGAGGGAGUGGGUUCAAAGGAAUAUCUUAUAACUUUGGCAUAAUCAGAUCGGUUGUAUCAUGGUGUCUGGUGACCACUUCAGUGACAUUUUUAUUUUUUUAUUUUAUUUUUUCUCUGUUGUCUCUGGAGACUUAAUUUGUCUAUAAAUUUAGUUUUAUAUUAAAAUAUAUAUUUUUUUCAUUUUAUUUUUUAAAAUGACGUUUGGCCUUUCAAUGCUAUUACAAAAAAAAGAAAUAGCACUAAAAAAAAAAAACAUUGUCCCCUUCUGUAAAGCGACGGUUUGUCAGCAGAAGAUUCCAGAGCCUCACCACUCUCCACCGCAUCCCUUCUCAUUUGUUUACAUGUAAUCGUCUGGUUUCCCCCGUCUUUGUGUUGUAUUUAUUGUCUCAUAUGCAAUCUUCGGUCUGUUUUCUAAAUGUAUUGUACACCUCAACUGCCGGUCUCCUGCAGACACUUAGUCAUUGAGUUUGAGGUCAUAAAUCUCCUGAGAUGCAUUUUAUUUAUUUUUUUAUUAAAAAGUCACUUCAAGUGUUUUCAUAGCCCUGCUGUAUCGGUUAUUAUAUCACUCUUGUUCUGUUUUGAUUGUCCUCAAAAAGUCUAGGAGUCUGUGAAUCAGUGUCUGCGAAGACCCACAUCCGGGUCCUUCAUUGACUGUCCCACACAGGUCUCUUGUUCUUCAUGUAAUGUGUUCAACAUGAUAAGCGAUUGAAGUGCCCUACUUUUCUACUAAAAAAACACAUGGAAUAGAGUGAGAUCUUCUAGUCUGUCAUGUGUAACUCGCCGAUUCAUGUCGGUCGACGAUCACCACUCACACUCACAAGGUGUGCCACACACCUACCUAUAUGGCCUUUUCCCUCUAUGAUGUCAUCAUCUGCUUUGUAGCGCACUUAUGUAUAAAUGUAAAAUGACCUCCCCUGGACAACACUGUAAUAAUUUUAUAAGUAUUUUUUGUUUCGCUCUUCUCUAUUGUUAUUAUAUAUAAUUUUUUAAAACAAUGUUAUGGGUGUUGUCUUCUCUGUGUUUUACUCUACCCUCCUUCUCCUCUAAAGUGUCCCUCUCUCUCUGCCUGAUGGUGUCACCUCACCUUGGCCCCCAAACCCCCACUCUUGCCCACACUCCUCUUCCAUCCCCUUUCCUUGUCUUACCUGAACUUUACCUCUAUGUGUGUGUUCAGAUCAGUGAUGUUGGUGUUUUUUUUCACUGAUGGUUUUGAAAAAAAGUAAAUCAGUAAAAUCGUUUUGUUUGUUUUUUUUACAAAAGAGAAAAUACUGCAGUGAGUCGUGUGUCUAGAAUAGUCACACUCACACUCCGUUGUUUUUUUUUUUUCUUUUUGAUGUUGAUGUUGAAUGUGAGGGGAGGGACAAAGCAUAACACUAAUGUUCAUCUUGGAAAGAUCUGAAAUGGACUGCAAUGAUGAAUAAUAAAAAGGAUGUCACAUUUCUCAGCAUCAAC